GCCAGCAGCCAGCCACCGUCAGACGACACGGCGUUCAUGGGCGAAGCUACGGAGAACCUGUGGGAGAAAAUCCUUGCCGACGCACGGAGUGUGGACGGUGGCAGCGGUGGAGGAAAUGGUGCGACAGAGGAUGGUGAGAGUGGACGGAGUCUGAUUGUGCUGGGCAAUGAGCUGUGUGGCAAGACGAGUUUGAUUGCUCGGCUGAAGGCGGUCGACUUUGACCUGCUCCCCAACUGUCUCGCCCUCGACUACACGUACAUGGACAUGGUGACCGAGGAUGAGGACGAGUACGUCCCGCUGGGCAAGGUCAAUGUGUGGCAGUUGUCGGGCAACCCGCACUUUGGCGCACUCCUCGACGUGGCUCUCAAGGCCGCCGGCUCGCUCGAGUCGACUGCGUUUUUCGUCUGCCUUGCCAUGGACACGCCGUGGACCAUGGCCGCGGCGCUCGACCGCUGGCUCGGCCUGGUGGCCAAGGUCGUCGAGCGGGCCGAAGAGGCUGAGCUCAACGCCGAGGGCGCAGUCCGUGCUGCGGUCGAGGCGCGGCAUGCCGAGCGGCGGCGCGCGAUGGAGGAGUCGUGGCGCCGGUACACCGACGGCGGCGAGGGCACGAGCGGCGACGGCGGCGACGGCGGCGCAAGCAGCGCAAGUGGGCCUGGCGAGGGCGACGGCGGCGAGGGUGGCGUGGGCGAGGAAGUGCUCAUGCCGCUGACCGAGGGCGCGCUGGAGAUCAACCUUGGGGUGCGGAUUGUGAUUGUGGUGUGCAAGGCCGACAUGGUCAACGAGCUGCAGUCUGCGUACGCGUACAAAGAUGCACACUUUGACUACAUCCAGCAGACGCUGCGCAAGCGGGCGCUCGCGCACGGAGCAGCACUCUUCUACACUUCGGCGGCGCAGGAGGGCAACACCAAGGAGCUGAUGGCGUAUCUGGAGCACAGCUUUUACGGCCUGCCGUUUAAGGCGGCGGCGCAGGUGGUGGAGAAGGAGUCGGUGCUGGUGCCGGCUGGCUGGGACUCGCUGACCAAGAUCGAUGUGCUCUCUGAGUCUUCGCGAGUCCUCACCCGCAAUAAGGUCGACGACGACGGCGCCGAGCCGCCGUUCGAGUCGGUCAUCAAGGAGCCGUUUGCCGUGCUGGCGCCGGUGGGCGGCGCCGUCGACGCGGCCGACGCCGUCGAGGCCGAGGACGACCAGGCCUUCCUGCAACGCUUCCGCGAGUUUAUCGAUUCCGACCCGUCGGGCGACGCCGACGCACAGCCGAUUGCCAAGGGCAUCAACGACUUGCUGGCGGCCGGCAAGAAGAAGACGCCGGUGGCGGCGCUGGCGGCCGAGCCCGGACCCGGGCGCCGGCCCUCGCUCGAAAACAUUCUCGCAGGCGCCAAAGCGGCCAAGGCCGACACGCCGUCCGGCGGCGACACCGGCAGCGCUGGUUCCGAGGACGUGCUCAACUCGUUCUUCCACUCGCUGCUCAACAAGGGCGGCGCCGCGUCCGCCGACCAGCGCUCCGACGUCAAGAAGGCGCUCUCCAAAGAGUAGCCGGGUGGGCGAGUCUAUGUCGAGGACAGCAGUAAAGUGAUGAUGCUUGUCAGCAAGCAGCUACUCA